CGUUAAGGGCAAUGCCAAUCGUCCAUUUUGUCUUGUUUCUCUUCCACGCGGCACUUGUCUCUGUUUCUGCCGCUGCAUCCAUGGUUCCAAAGCUGCGAAUUUUGGAAGCAAUAGAAUGGAGCUCGGGAAGACAGUUGCUGGAGACAUCAUCGUGCAAAGCGGGAAACCCUAUCGAUGAUUGCUGGAGAUGUGACGAGAGUUGGGAGACUAACCGGAAGAAGUUGGCCUCCUGUGCGGUCGGCUUUGGACGGAAUGCCAUUGGUGGACGAGACGGUGAGAUCUAUGUGGUUGUUGAUUCCAGUGAUGACCCGUUCAAUCCUGCACCGGGAACACUGCGGUAUGCUGUAAUACAAGAGAAGCCUCUGUGGAUCAUCUUCAACCGUGACAUGGUCAUAAAGUUGAAAGAAGAUCUCCAACUCACUUCCUACAAAACCAUAGAUGGGAGAGGACAUAACGUGCAGAUAGCGUAUGGGCCAUGCAUAAUGAUAUAUAAGGUGAGUAACAUCAUCAUAAGCAACAUCUACAUACAUCAUUGUUUACCAGCAAGGCAAUAUAGACUGGGGGGUUACUCCGAUGGGGAUGGAAUCUCGAUUUUCCAGUCCCGUGAUAUCUGGAUCGAUCAUUGUACUCUUGAGAAGUGCUAUGAUGGACUCAUAGAUGCUGUGAAUGGAUCCACGGCCAUAACAAUCUCGAACAACUACAUGCUGAACCAUAAUGAGGUCAUGCUUCUGGGUCACAGCGAUGAGUUUUCCGCUGACAGGAUUAUGCAAGUCACGAUCGCUUUCAACUACUUUGGCGAAGGCCUGAUUAGAUGCAGACAUGGGUAUUUUCACAUAGUGAAUAACAUCUACAAGGGUUGGGAGAUGUAUGCUAUUGGUGGAAGUGCAAAUCCAACGAUCUAUAGCCAAGGAAAUGUGUUCAUGGCAUCGGAUGAUAGGUUUGUGAAGGAGGUGACAAAGCGAGAAAGCACUUUGGGGUAUGAAGAAUGGAAGGAUUGGAAUUGGAAGUCAGAGGGAGACCUGAUGCUUAAUGGUGCUUUCUUCACGCCCUCAGGAGAAGAGGAUUCUUCAAGCUACCUACGAGCAUCCAGCAUGGUAGCACGGCCAGCUUCCCUUCUAAGAACUACCCAUCCAUCAAUAGGAGCUCUAAGCUGCCAAAUAGGCCAAUCUUGCUGAGAGAAAAACAGGUCCUACAGU